UUCACGAUAGCCAAGAUAUGAAAACAACCUAAAUGCUCAUCAAUGGGUGAAUAGAGGCUCUCUGCUCCUCCCCGUUCAAUAGACAGCCACAUCUUCCGGUGCAGUGCCAGCCGCGUCCCCGAGACAUGAUGGUGAAGGUUGGAGUGAAUGGAUUUGGCUGUAUUGGGCGCCUGGUCACCAGGGCUGCUUUUAACUCUGGCAAAGUGGAUCUUGUAGCCAUCAAUGACCACUUCAUUGACCUCAAUUACAUGGUGUACAUGUUCCAGUAUGAUUCUACCCACGGCAAAUUCCAUGGCACAGUCAAGGCUGAGAAUGGGAAACUUGUCAUCAAUGGGAAGUCCAUCUCCAUCUUCCAGGAGCAAGAUCCCACCAAUAUCAAAUGGGGUGAUGCUGUUGAUGGCAACUCUAUUUUUCCAGUUACCCCACCCCAAAACCUUGAGUUCAUUAUUGACUCCAAUGUUUUCCUCACACUCUCCAUGUAA